GAGCAUUGCACAACUUUAAACGAGCAUGUUCCCUAACUGAUCAGCAAACGUAACAAUGUUAACCAGGAACACUUUAAGUGCGGAGUUACUGUAUCAGAAAACAACAAAAUGUGAUUGAUUUUGGAAAAGAUAAUCCAAAAUCCCUGGUAAGCAAUAAUGAGGAAAAUGUGUUGGGGUGAUAGUGCAUGGGCUAAUGAGAACGUGACCCUUAAACGUGGUAUGGCAGCAAAAUCAGCCAAUGUGGUUUUGGACUGCAUACGCAAAGGUGAGUAGCAGGGAAAAUAUAAAAUGGCCAUAGUGGGUCCUUGCAGGCCCAGUAUCCUGUGAUCUGACAUAAGUGCCAGGUGUUUCAGAGGGACUGAACAGAAUAAGGCAAUUUAUUGAGUGAUCCACCUCUGGCAGUUUCUGGCAGUCAGAGAUUUAUAGAUUCCCAGAGCAUGGGGUUGCAUCUCUGACCAUCUUGGCUAAUAGCUAUAAUGAAGCUAUUCUCCAUGAACGUAUCUAAUUUUUUUGAAUCCAGUUAUACUGGGUGGGAGGCAGUGGUCCUCUCUACAGUUCUGGUGGGAUUUAGGAAUAUCUAAUACAGCUCUAGGCAUUUCAUUACCAGAAAGAUGGGAAUUUAGAGGAAAGCAAUAGAAAUGGUGAGAGUCUGAAGGAAUGUAUUUAUGAACACUGGUUAUAGGAGCUGUGUGUGCUUAAAUUAAUAUUUGGUCAACUAAGGCUAAGGGGGCAAGGAACCACAGGUCUACAAAUACUUCUAUAAAUGUUCUGACGAAAAGGGACCAUUAUGAUCAUCUAGUCUGACAUGUAUAGCACAGGCCAGAGAACCUCACCAAUGAUUCUUGCAUCAGGCCCAUAACUUAUGAUUGAGCUAGAGCAUGUUGUUUUAGAAGGACAUUGUCUUGUUUUAAAGACUUCAAGUAAUGGAGGUUCUAUCACAUCUCUUAGUAAAUUGUUCCAGUGGUAGCUUACCCUCCUUGUUAAAAAUGCCCCUUAUUUCUAGUCUGGAUUUAUCUAGCUUCAGUUUUGAGCUAUUGGAUCUUGUUCUGCCUUCUCUGCUAGGUUAAAAACCCUAUACUAUUAACUCUUCUUUCCAUAUAGGUUCUUGCAGAUUGUGAUCAAGUCACCUCUUAACUAAAUAGAUUGAGCUCCUUUAGUUUCUAACUAUAGGGCAGGUUUUCCAGACUGAUGCAUCCUUGUGGCUUUUUUCUGAACCCUCUCUGAUUUAACAUCCUUUUUAAGGUGUGGACUCCAGAACUGGACACAGUAUCCAAUAACAAUCUCAUCAAUGCUAAUACUACCACUCCCUGCUUCUACUCUGUAUUCCCCUGUUUUCCAUCCAAGGAUUAUGAUAGCACUUUAGCCACGGCAUCACACUGGGAGUUCAUGUUCAGUUUCCACCAUGGCCCCUAAAUCCUUUUCAGAGUCUCUUUCCAGGAUACAGACCUUCAUCCUGCCAUUGGAGAUUUCUGCCAAGAAACGGGUCCCCUUUCUACGACAAGUAGUCUCUGUUAAAAAGACGGUGCAGAGAGACCCCCGCUUUGAUGACCUGUCUGGGGAGUACAAUCCAGAAAUAUUUGAGAAGACAUACAGUUUCCUGAACGGUCUCAAGAAGAGGGAAAAAGAGAUAGUUCAGAAGCAGCUGAAGAAAAGCCAGAAUGUGGAGCAGCGGGAGAAACUGCAGCAGCUCCUAAAGCGCAUGACACAGCAGGAGGAGGCUCAGAAGGAACGGCAGAGGCAGAGAGAGAAGGAGCUGGCCUUGAAGAGAGCGCAGAGGGAGCAGGCCCAGCUAGGAAGGAAGCCCUUCUACCUAAAGAAAUCUGAGAAGUGGAAAUUGGAGCUGGCUGAGAAGUACAAAGUGCUGAAGGGGAGCGGGAAACUGGAGAGGUUCCUAAGCAAGAAGCGGAAGAGAAACGCCAUUAAGGACAAGCGCAGACUGCCCUUCCGGAAGGACAUGUGACUUCUGGGUGGGUGGGGCCAGCAGCCAGCUCUUUGAGUGGUGGAUAUCUGAUGGUGGGAUUUUAGCCACUUCCGAUGUGGAUUGUGGCCACAGACAGCAGCCCCACUUCCUGACUGGCUCAAGUCUGUCCUGCAUCUCUUUAGCAUCAGAACCAAGGACUGUGUCCAUCCAUCUAGACAGUCAGAGUCUGAACAAAAUAAAAUUCUGACCCAUGCCUGCA